AUGACCGACACGACAGCUAUUCAACUUGAAACUAAAAAUAAAAUGAUGAAAACUCUACAAUACAAGAGAUUGAAACUACCGAUUCUUGGUAUUGUAUUUAUUUUUGGCACGCUAACCGUUGCACUUUAUAUCACUAUUCUUGUGAAAAUUAACAAGAAAUUUUCUGAAAAUGGAUUCAGCACUGAAAAACUAAUGAUAAACUCGAAAUUGCUUCAUCAAUCAUCCGAUUUGAGUUUGGCUGAAUCUAUUCGUAUUGACGAAGUGAUGACUUAUCUUAAUGAAUUACAACAUAUUGCUACUGCUUUUAAUGGAACUCGAGCUGUUAAUACACCUGGAUUCAAUUCUACAUUAGACUACAUAGUCAACUAUUUAACAGCAAAUACAAACUACAAAGUGAACAAGAACUUUUUCUACAUGCGAGACUUUUCACUUGCAAACAAUCCAGUUCUAAUUUCAUCGAUCAAUGGUGUAAAAAAAAACUAUACGUAUUCAACUAAUCUUUCGACUGCUGAAUUUUAUCACGUAAAAUUUUCAAUUUCUGCUAAUUUUUCAAAAGGCGUUCCCUUAACACUUGUCCCAAAUGGCGGCUGUACAGAUGAUGACUGGCGAAAAGCAAAGCCACCUCCUCAAGGACGAGUUGUAUUGGUAGAACGCGGAAUUUGUUUCUUUUACGAUAAAGCAGUAAUUGCUGCAAAAUAUAAAGUAGCUGCAAUUUUAUUCUUUAAUGAUGGUCUUGCACCUGAUCGGUUUUCACCAGAAGAAGUUGUUCUUGCAGAAGAAAAUGCUUUGCCAGCACUAUUUCUCUCAUACGCUGCAGGCGAAGCUCUUGCUAACGCAGCAUUAGACUUGUCGUCAAAUGCCAACGUACAACUAUUUAUUGAUGUUAAAGACUUACCCGAUUUUCCUGUAGGAAACAUUUGUGCAGAUACUCCAACAGGUGAUCCCACACAGACGAUUGUCAUUGGCAGCCAUAGUGAUAGUGUAACUGAAGGAGCAGGCAUCAAUGACAAUGGUAGUGGCUCUGCAGCGAAUCUAGCUCUUGCUGUGACUUUAGCUCGUCUUUUCCGAUCACCAGCAUAUCCGAAAUAUAAAUAUCGAGUCCGUUUUUGUUGGUGGGGUGCCGAAGAAGAAGGUCUUGUGGGCUCCGUCUAUCAUGUCAUACAAGCAUUGAGCUCUACUGUUGUCGGUGAACGCUUUUCAGAUUAUUUAGUUAAUCUUAAUUAUGAUAUGCUUGGUUCUCCUAAUUAUAUAUUUGGCAUCUACGAUGGACGUACAGUUAGAAAUGAUACCCCGACGGAAGCACUUUCUGGUAGUAAUAAAAUUACAGCUUUGUUUCGAGAUUGGUUCGUUCGACAUAAGUUACCAUGGGACUACACAGGUUUUGAUGAUCGCAGUGACUAUUUUCCAUUCUUAGCUGGAGGUAUCGUCGCAGGUGGACUAUUCUCCGGUGCAGAUGAUGUGAAAACGCAACAGGAACGUGAUCGUUAUGAUGAAAUGUUAGGACAAGGUGCGGGAGGGAUUGCAGGUAUCAUUCAUGAUCCUUGUUAUCAUAAAGAAUGCGAUACAAUACAGAACAUCAAUGUAUUUGGCUAUGAGAAGAUGGUUCAAGCAGCUGCUUAUGCUUUAGAAUUUUUAGGACGACACAAUGAUUUGAAAUCUUGGCUGUAUGCAUCUAGCGACAGUCACUGA